CUCAUUCAUAUUACGAUAUUAAUAUAGGCACAAGGGAUUGAUGUCUUAUCAUUUAGAAAAGUAUCAUCAUUUAUCUAACCACUUGACAAUUAUUCCAAUUCCAACAUUAAUUAUUAGCAAAAAAUUUGUCAUUUGUCUGCACGAAUGGUUCAAAAAGAGAAUAAACGUCCUUUAUGUUUAGCCCAUACAUGCUUUGUUUAGAAUUUUGAGUUUGACAAUAUUUUUGAAACAGAAUUUCAUAUUCAUUUCAAUUCAAAUUCAUUUAAAUUCACCUAACAAAUCAUGUCUAAUGUUUAUGGUGGAGACGAAGUUGGCGCCAUUGUUUUCGAUGUUGGUAGUUUUUCCACAAAAGUUGGCUAUGCUGGUGAAGAUGCACCAAAAUCUGAAAUAUCUUCCAUUGUUGCCAUACAUGAUGCCCCGAGUAAAUUGGCCACCGAAAUGGAUCGUGUAGAUAGCGGCUCAACACCUACUGGUAGUAAAGAGCGAAGAUUUUACAUUGAUACUACACAAGUGAAUGUUGCCCGUUCUGGUCAAGAAAUUAAAACAUUUCUUCGAGAUGGAAUGAUUGACGAUUGGGAUUUAUUUGAAAAGAUGCUUGAUUAUAUUUAUGCUCGACACAUUAUGUCUGAAUCAUCACAACAUCCAGUGAUGUUUUCGGAAGUUUCGUGGAAUUCGAAAAAAUGUCGUGAAAAAAUAACGGAAAUAAUGUUCGAGAAAUAUAAUGUACCAGCAUUCUAUUUGGCCAAAAAUGCCAUGCUAGUAGCAUUCAGUGUUGGGCGACCAUCUGGAAUUGUAUUCGAUUCUGGUGCCGAUCAUACGGCUGCCAUUCCUGUCUACGAAGGUUAUGUUAUCGAAAAAGCGAUUAAACGUAACCAUUUGGCCGGAGAAUUUAUCACAAGUCUAUGUUAUAAACAUUUAAAUGAAAUGAAAGUCGAAGUUAAUCCAUAUUAUAUGAUCAAAUCAAAACAGACAGUUGAACCGGGACAAACGGCCAUUUGGACUAAACGGCAGAUUACUGAUGGAUUGACAAAUUCAUGGCAAAAUUAUAUGUUAUUAUCCGAAAUACGUAAUUAUAAAGCAUCAGUAUUGAAAGUUUAUGACACCAAAUAUGAUCGUAACGAAGCGGAAAAGUAUUAUGAUCCAAUUAAUUAUCAUUUUCCUGAUGGCUACAAUAUGGACGUUUCAUUGAACGAUCAAUUUUUAAUACCCGAAAUAUUUUUCAACAAAUCAUUUAACAUAUCUGAAUUCAUACAACAACAACAGCAACAAUCACCGACAUCUUGUUCAUAUUCAUAUCUAUCAAAUCUACCGAAAGAUUGGCUUACCUAUCCCGAUCUAUUGUUGUCAAGCGUUAGUGAAUGUGAUAUCGAUAUAAGACCAUUAUUACUAUCGACAAUCAUAUUGGCUGGUGGAAACACAUUGGUCGAAGGAUUCACCGAUCGUAUGACAAAUGAAAUAAUGGCUACGGCCCCAAAAAAUGUACGCCAUAAAGUUGUUGCCAAUAAUUCUCCAACGGAACGUAAAUAUGCAUCAUGGAUUGGUGGAUCUAUUCUGGCAUCUUUGGGUACAUUUCAACAAUUAUGGAUUUCUAAACUUGAAUAUGAUGAAUCCGGAAAAUCCUGUAUUCAUAAAGAUAAUUUGACUACAUAAUUUAUAUUAAUUAUUAAUUAAUAUUAUUGCUAAAUGAUGACCACUAGAUGAUGCCACCUGUUGCUUUGAUUAAAAACCGGCAAAAUCAAAUCAAAUUUUCCUAAUAUAAUGUCGAUGACCAUUUGCUAUUUUUUUUUAUUUUGAAAUAAAAAUAUUGCGAAUGAGAUUGUGAUAA